AAUGCUAUCACCAUUUCCAGUGUCUCCCUCCUUCCCAACAGCAGCAGCACGGCACUGUUUCUGUGAGGAACAACACGAUUUGAAACAUACAACACCGGUCGGCUCCGUAUGGAAAGCACCGUCGGUGCUAAAGCGAAUUACUGGCGGCUUUAGAUUGACAACCAAGGCUUGCAGCAUGCUCUCCGUGUUCAUCUCUUGUCCGUGGAUUGCAUUUUACCUUCAUUUAUGGGUUUUAGUAAACCUCGGGGACGCACUAACGGCAAAGGAAGUGGUUCUGUUGGACACCAAGGCACAGCAAACAGAACUGGAAUGGAUUUCCUAUCCUCCCAAUGGGUGGGAAGAGAUCAGCGGCUUGGAUGAGAGCUACACACCCAUUCGCACAUACCAGGUCUGCAAAGUCAUGGAGCCCAAUCAGAAUAACUGGCUUCGGACUAACUGGAUCGAAAAGGGCAAUGCGCAAAGAAUUUUUGUGGAACUAAAAUUUACCUUAAGGGAUUGUAAUAGUUUACCUGGUAUGGUGGGAACUUGCAAGGAGACGUUCAACUUGUAUUACCAGGAAACCGAUUCGGAGGUGGGUAAGAAUAUGCAAGAGACCCAGUAUGUUAAAAUUGACACAAUUGCAGCAGAUGAAAGCUUCACUCAGGGCGAUCUCGGUGAGAGGAAGAUGAAACUCAACACUGAAGUGCGCAUAAUUGGCCCUCUAUCCAGGCAAGGCUUUUACCUUGCCUUUCAAGAUGUAGGGGCGUGCAUUGCCCUGGUCUCUGUCAAAGUAUAUUACAAGAAGUGCUGGUCCAUCAUCGAGAACCUGGCCAUAUUUCCAGACACCACGACAGGAUCGGAAUUCUCCUCCCUAGUGGAGGUGGAGGGAAUAUGUGUGAACGAUGCGGAGGAAGAGGCUGAUAACUCUCCCAAGAUGCACUGCAGUGCUGAAGGGGAAUGGCUUGUGCCUAUUGGGAAAUGCAUAUGCAAAGCAGGAUUUCAUCAGAAAGGAGACGCAUGUGAACCGUGUGGUCGUGGGUACUACAAAAGUUACUCCCAGGAGCUACUAUGUUCUCGGUGCCCCUUGCACACCUUUACUGAGCACGAGGGGUCCCGGCGCUGUGAAUGUGAUGACGGCUACUACAGAGCAUUCACUGACCCUCCUUCCUUCGCCUGCACAAGACCUCCUUCGGCGCCACAGAAUCUAGUCUACAACAUCAACCAGACAACUCUUAACCUGGAGUGGAGUCCACCGGUCGACACUGGUGGCCGCAAUGAUGUAACAUACAGGGUUCGCUGCCAGCAUUGUAACUGGGAACCUGAAGAGUGUAAACCGUGUGGGCCAAAUGUCGCCUACUUCCCUGAACAGUCUCAAUUAGUAGACACUUACGUAACGAUCGUUGAUCUCUUGGCCCAUGCAAACUACACUUUUGAGGUGGAGGCUGUCAAUGGAGUGUCUGAGCUAAGCCGCACGCAAAGGCUGUUUGCUACAGUUCGUAUCGCCACUGGACAAGCAGAAGCACCAUCACUGGUCAGUGAGGUCGUCAAGGAGAAAGUGCAGCAGCGCAGCGUCCAGCUUUCAUGGCAGGAGCCCCGACAACUCAAUGGAGCCAUAACAGAAUAUGAAAUCAAAUACUAUAAAAAAGAUCAGAAGGACCGAACCUAUUCUACAGUAAGGGCCAAAUCCACAUCAGCAACUGUCAACAAUCUGAAACCCAGUACAGCCUAUGUUUUCCAAAUAAGAGCCUUCACACAGAAAGGAUAUGAAACUUUUGGGCCCAGAUUAGAAAUAACAACAAAGGAAGAGGCAACCGCUGCAAUUGUCUCCAGCGAGCCGAACCCUGUCAUCAUCAUAGCAGUGGUAGCAGUGGCAGGAACCAUAAUCCUGGUGUUCAUGGUGUUUGGCUUUAUCAUCGGGAGAAGGCACUGCGGAUACAGUAAAGCGGAUCAAGAGGGAGACGAGGAGCUUUACUUUCAAUUUAAAUUUCCAGGCACCAAAACAUAUAUUGACCCUGCAACCAAUGACGACUCAAACAGAGCUGUUCAUCAAUUUGCCAAGGAGCUGGAUGCAUCCUACGUUCAAAUUGAACAGGUUAUUGGAGCAGGACAAUUCGGGGAGGUAUGCAGUGGACGGCUAAAAGUACCUGGAAAGCGAGACGCUGCAGUCGCUAUCAAAACAUUAAAAGUGGGUCAUACAGAGAAGCAGAAAAAAGACUUCCUGUGUGAGGCCAUCAUUAUGGGACAGUUUGACCACCCCAAUGUUGUGCAUCUUGAGGGAGUGGUAACAAGAGGAAAACCAGUGAUGAUUGUUUCAGAGUUCAUGGAGAACGGCUCAUUAGAUGCCUUCCUAAGAAUACACGACGGUCAGUUCACAGUCAUUCAGUUGGUCGGGAUGCUGCGGGGCGUAGCAGCAGGGAUGAGAUAUCUUGCCGAUAUGGGUUACGUCCAUCGAAAUCUGGCUGCUCAAAAGAUCCUUGUCAACAGCAAUCUUGUGUGUAAAGUGUCUGACUUUGGCCUCUACAGGAUAAUAAAUGAUGAUCCUGAAUCUGUCUACUCAACCACCGGUGGAAAAAUAUCAUUACGAUGGACUGCUCCAGAAGCUGUCCAGUUCCAUAAAUUCACCUCUGCAAGUGAUGUGUGGAGUUAUGGUGUUGUCAUGUGGGAGGUCAUGUCCUUCGGAGAUAGACCAUAUUGGGACAUGUCUAAUCAAGAUGUCAUAAAAGCUCUUGAGGAGAGCUACCGUCUUCCAGCGCCCAUAGACUGUUCCCCGGGCUUGCAUCAGCUUAUGUUGGAUUGUUGGAAGAAAGACCGAGGAGAGCGUCCCAAGUUUGAUCAGAUAGUCAGCAUUCUUGACAAGAUGAUCCGGAACCCCAACACACUGAAGACACCAGUUGGAACUUCUACAAGACCAUUUAGUCAACGCUCCACUAAUAAGAGCAUACCCAACUCGGUGGAAGACUGGUUGAUAUCCAUCAAGAUGGAGCGGUACAGAGACAACCUUACAGCAGCUGGCUACACUUCUCUGGAAUCUGUGGCCAGAAUGUCAACUGAGGAUGUCAUGAGGUUGGGAAUUAGACAGGUGGACCAUCAGAAAAAGUUGAUGAGCAGCAUUCAAACAAUGAGAUGCCAGAUGUUGCAUCUUCACAAUACAGGUGUUCAGGUCUGAUGACGGCAAAUACAGAACUUUUAUCAAGUGUUGACUGAAAUAGGACCUGGUUUGAUUCAGAAUAAAUGGACAUCUGAUAUCAGAUUCCCGGACCUGCACACAGCGUGAAAAAAAGAUUGUGGGCACCAAGUGGAGGAAGAAAUGCAAAAAAAAUCAAUAAUAGCAAUCUCUUAUUUUCUUAUUUUAAAUGAGCUAAUGAACACAUAUCAAAUGUAUUGAAAACAAUGUUUUUAACUUAAUGACUUAGUCACCUGCACACUAUGGCAAUGUUUUCUUCUUUAAAAAAAACAAAAAAUUAAAUGCACACUUUUUUUUUUCCCUCCCCAUAAUUUUUUCAAAGUGUCACAGUGCAUAAAGAAUUCAUAUUUCCUUCUUCUUGGACUCGGAAACAGGGUUUACUCAGUGUAUAUGGAGGAAGCCUCCAAAGGUUACAUUUUCUAUUGAAACAGACUAUCUGAAACUUCAUGUCAAACAAAUUUUCAAUUGAAAUAUUUGUUAAAAUAUACAACACUGAUAUUUUUCUAAAUAGAAGUCCUUGACUCUUUUUCACAGUAGCAAGCAAUAUUAUAAGAAAUUUGCACAAAGACUUCAUUGAACCAACAACAAUAAUAUCUUGUUUUGCCAUCAUUUUGCCUAAAUGUUGCACAGUUCUGUGUAGGGAAUUUCAGCUACAAAAACUGUGCAUCUCUUAAAAAUUGAGAAGGGUGGAUGUACUAUUACUGCCUUAAAAUGCUGUUUUACGUGUCACCACUAUUUGGACAAACUGUUAAAAUGAUUUCUGUGUAGUUUGAGUGUAUGUCAAUCGACUUUGUUUUCUUUGUCAUAGCUGAACUUUGCACUGCGAGAGCACAGGUUAAAGCGACAAAUUCUGGUGUAAAAGAAGGAAUGAAGUGAACAAAGCAAUAAUUAUCAGGUUCAAAUGAAUUUCUAAAGGUGCUAGUUAUGUGUGCUAAGAGGAGGCGCACCUCAAAGUUUCUAUCUGUGUCCACCAAACAUGCUGUCUGAUAAUCACCAUAAAAUUGUGGUAUUAAAAUUA